AGUGCGAGGUAAAGUUUGCUCCAAAGAGAUUGCGCUCAGAGGGCAGGCCCGGUGAUGAAGAUGAAGGAGAAGAUGACUCGGAUUCAGACGAUGAAAUGUCUGCCAAGGCCCGCUAUUUUGGCUACCUCAAGCAAGGACUUUAUUUUGUAACCGAAAUGGAGCGUUUCGCUCCUUCCAGGAAACGUCCUCGCACAAUUAUAAAGAAUUACCGGCUUGUGAAUCUGAGAUCCACAACCCCUGAGGAAUUGUACCAAAGGAAAAACUAUCUCGAUUGAGAGAGGAGAUCUGAUGUCGUGAUGGCACAACGUGCGAUCUUGGAUUUCCAAGAUCGCAGUCGAAUUUCUGCCGCUGGAUGGUCCAUUUGGACCUAAACCAUCCCACAGAGACGGUGAUUGAGAAGGGCACCUCCCGCUGAUCUCAGGCACACCACAAAGUCCCUGAAAGAUCCAAGAAUAUCCCCUUUUUUCGGUGACAGAAACGCAGCUAAUGAAGCUGCUGAGGUUGGGACAGCUCCGGAACAGGAAGAAAGUGGAAAGA